AUGCACGGACUCUUUACUGUUCUUGCGAGCUCUCUGUUUAGUACCGUCGUUGGACAAUUAUCCCUCCCGAAUCCGCCAGUUAUACCUCCUGCUGCCUCCAACGGGACCAUCCCUUCAUCAGGAACCCCAAACCCACAAUGGAGUACAUUGCUGGGAAAUCUAAUUUACUUUUAUGAGGCUCAGAGAAGUGGGCGAUUACCUUCGGACAAUCGUGUGGGAUGGCGAAAUGACAGCGCUUUACAGGAUGGAUCUGACGUCAAUAUUGAUUUAACUGGUGGAUAUUAUGACGCUGGGGACUACAUAAAAUCCACAUUUCCGCUAUCCUUUACGAUCACGUCAAUCUGCUGGGGCGCUACGGAUUUCGGAAAAGGUUACGAUGAUUCUAACCAAACGGCUUAUCUGGACUCUAUGCUACGUUGGGGUUUGGACUGGCUUAUCAAAGCGCAUCCCUUGGACAAUACUUUAUAUGUGCAGGUUGCUAAUGGCAGUGUCGAUAAUAAUUAUUGGGGCGGCGACGAAGACAUACCAACACCGCGGCCUUCGUUCCAAAUCAACGAUACCUCCCCUGGGACUGACGUUGCUGCGGGUGUCUCUGCAGUCUUCUCUGCGUGUUCCAAUCUUUAUGCCAACCGCGGUUUCGGUGGGGUUUACCAGUCCCCUGCGGCUUUGACCGACACCACCUAUUCGGAAAUCCUCCUCAAUCAUGCACAGAGCUUGUUUACCUUUGCUGUCAAUGCGUCUGGUGGCCAAGCUCUCUAUCAAACGUCUGUCCCCUCCGUCACUGAAAGCUAUGCAUCGUCAUCGUAUCAAGAUGAAUUGACCCUAGCUGCAUUGUUCCUGGCUUGGGCAACUAAUUCAACGACUUUGUACCAACAAGCAGAGAACUAUUAUUCCUCAUUUGGACUUUCGGGGCAGGAUGGCGUCUUCAACUGGGAUUCAAAGACCCCUGGGCUGGCUGUUCUGUUCGCUCAGAUCGCUCAGUCCGGUUCUUCCCUCGACAGUAAUCCCUCUAGGUGGCAAGAGGAGGCCGAACGUUAUUUUGACAGGAUAGUAAAUAACGGCGGACCGGCGGUUGAAACGAAAGGUGGAUUGCUGUACUAUCCCGGAGAUUCUGAUGAAGCAAGCCUCAACCCUGCUUUGAAUGCGGCAAUGUUAUUAACUAGAUAUGCACCCAUGGCUUCUUCAUCCGGGAAGACGGCAUCAUAUAUGAAUUAUGCACAGAAACAGCUAGAUUAUGCGCUCGGAAAGAAUCCUAUGUCGGUUCCAUAUGUUGUCGGUUCAAACCCCAACUCCCCCUCAAACCCUCAUUCGGCCAUGGCUAGUGGUGGAGACGAUAUUACUAACAUCGACAACUCGCCAGAGGUAGAGGCAUACGUGCUGUACGGCGCCGUCGUCGGAGGACCGGAUGAGAAAGAUACCUUUCACGACAUGCGUAGUGAUUGGGUGCAAACUGAGAUCGCCCUGGACUACAAUGCACCUAUGCUGACACUCGCUGCGAUGCAUGUUUUGAAUGAUACAAACGAUCCGUACUUCACAGCUCUACAAGCAGGAGCAUAUGUUCGACCACAAGGCGCGCCGUGCGAUGCUGCGAUCAAGGACGGAUGUGGUUCCAACAGGUUGAGCAAGGGGGCAAUAAUCGCAAUUGCAGUUUGCAUCAGUGUUGUUGGAGUUGUACUUGUAUCGCUGGCAGCGUACUAUUUCUUGGUGGUUAAGAAAAAAAGAUCAUGAAGGGAUGACGGACAGUUGUCGAUGACUCACUUUGUUAUGCAUGUGUUCGACGAUGUAUACCAACUGUAUUGGUGUCAGCCAUCUUUGGAUAUUUUAUUGUUUUCUUCUCACAGAC